CGACCUUAUCCUCACAUCGUCGUCUCGAAGAUCCUCAUCUUGCUCACAUGGAGCAAGUCUGCGCACGUUGUGCGAGACUUGGUCUCAGGCCGAGACCUACUGUUCCAUCGAUUCCACUGGCUACCAGUGCUCGAGGAUUCUCCAGCUCAACUGUCUUGUACGAUGAAGGCGAUCAAAACCCUUCCCGUCAGCCAACUGGCAGACCUCUGCCUGGCUCCUCCCUACGCGGCGCGCUCGACAGAAACAACACCCGUGGUUCCGCUCCUCGACCACAAGCAACUCGACCCGCAGGAACAAUUCUACGACGAACAGCUGCACCACAUACGCAAAACUCUAGCUCACCGGGAAAUGCCGCUCGAACUGGGAUAGCCCCCGGAGCAGGAGGAGCAGCUCGAGCGCCACCACCUGGUCGCCUUCUACAACGCACGGGAGCUCCGCGUCAAGGUCAACAGCAACUAGCUCGACGACCGGCCGGUGGGCGAGGUCAACCACCACAGCAAGGACAGUUUGGUGCUCAACAGCGGACUCAACGACAAGACCAAUCUAGAGCUCCUGCACCUGGCGGCAAACGCACCGACCGCCGUGUCCGCCGCCUGGUUGAGAAGACCAAAACUUCGCUUGCCGAAGAAGAAGACUCGGCCGCCUUCGCCGCCGAAGACCUUCCCAGCCGCGUUGAGAACUACGUCAACACAAUCGUUGACCCACCCGCGAACCCGACGACAGAACUGCCUCAUGUACCCGGGCAGGAACUCUCUGUAUCCGAAUUGCGCAAGGACUGGCCAAACACCCCACUCUCCAGCUCCGGGCUGGUGGAAACUGUGCAACAGAGGAUUGAAUGGCUCGCACAUCGGCUCCCACAUGGCUACCAGACACCCGGCCAGUUGGCGGAAUGGUACACCAAGGGGUAUUUCACGCGCUUCGAGUCUGAGUCGGAGAAGGAAGAGGUCUUGAAGCUCGCGCAGGAAAUGGCCAAGAUGGAGGCGGACAAGGAGACCGAGAAGACCAACGUCGAGGCUCAGCCGAAGGACAUGGAGUUCGACGACGUGGUCUCCCGAGCGGGCGAGCGCAAGGGCCUGGCGGAGACCUAUGUGCGUGGGGUGUACCCCGAAGUCAAGAAGCAGAAGAUGCCGUUCUUGGACCAGAUUGUGCGCAACCUGAACAAUAACGCGACGUUUCCCCAUGGAAAGACGGAGCAGUUCAUGCAGACGGUGCAGAAGGUCAUCGUCUCGCAUGCAGAGGGCGGGCGGGCGCAGAAGAGGGCCGAGAAGUAAGAGUGUGCAAAAUAUAUGUGGGACGGAUGCAGAAGAAAACAGGAUUUGGGUUUAUCGAGGUGCCUUUAGAGACCUGAACUAAACAUUAGUGUACAAAACUUUCCUCGAGCCCCUAACAUAUCAUAGCCAUGCUGCACAAAGACCGGUUGAUCAUAGUCACCAAAUGAACAAAAAGAAAAUGAGUGAUCGAAGUCCAAACGACGC